UCGGCGGUGGUCUCCUUUCGUUGGUGGCCCGUACCUACCUUCAACCCAACGAGCAAAAGAGUCUCCCAUCUUUGUGGCCUCGCUCUUCAAGAGUGGCACGACGUCUGUGCAUGACUAUUUCACCUGUGGCCGGCGACAGUCGGUACACAAUCGAUGGUGGGUUUGGGGCUGGAUAGGCGUGUGCUUGGAGAAAGGUUUGGAGGUACGUAGGUACUUUCGCCAUAGUCUUAUUGGCGAUCGUGGUGCUCACCAACCAUACUGUUGUGUCGCUGCAGAGAGGAAAGGAUAUGUUCGGAGGGUAUUGUGGGAACUAUGAGGUCUUUACCGAUACGAGUUAUCUCGUUAAGAAGGAGCCAGAUCGUUGCUUUGAACCAUCAUUACAUGGCGGUCUGGACAACUUGUAUCAUUUCCAUCCCAACAGCACGGUCGUCCUGACAGUCCGCGACGUCAACGACUGGGUCUCGAGUAUCAACCACUUUGGCGGACUGGGAGGGCACGUCAAAGAAAAGUGUCGCAACUUUUUCCCAUGGCAGCCCAACACGGUGACGGAUGAUGAUUUGGCUCGAUUUUAUCGCGAUCACAUCGAAUUUGUGCGAGGCUUUAUGCGGGAGCAUCCAUCGCUGACCUACCUGGAAGUGUCGUUGGAAUCGGAGGAAACCGGUACCAUCAUGGAGAAUCAUUUUGGAAUCUCCCGGAAAUGUUGGGGCCGGAGCAACGAAAACAAAAAAGUCAGACGUGGUGGCAAAUAGGAUUUUUGUGAAAGACAUCGUCUUCGUCGAUAGGGCCUGCCAGCCCGUCGACUCAAUCCGAUUAGUUUGUUGAAGCUGGACUUCAUUAA